AUGGAGCGACUCGACUCACCAUCAGUGGAGACGGUAAGAGGUUUUGCUCAGGAGCGUCAGUUCCAGCUCAACCCUCAGGACGACCUGUUUGGGAACCGUGUGACCCUGGUGUCGGACGCCAUGUCGCCCUGUGAAGUCCAGACGGUGUCUGACAGCAGGAUCACCUGUCUGACGCCCGUGCCGCCCGCCGACCACCUGGGCCUGUAUCCAGGCGGCAGAGGCCUGAAGAUGGAGGUGUGGAACGACACAGUGUCCCACACCCUGAGCGACAUCUGGACCUACACGGACAACAGCACCGGCUACUGGUGGCACUGGCUGGACUCGCUGCCCCACCGCUUCCCCCUGGAGUUCGACCGCUUCAGCACCAGGACGUCCGGCUUCCUGGUGCCGCCGGCCACCGGGAACUUCACCAUCUACCUGCACUGUGACGACAAGUGUGAGCUGUACAUGAGCAACUCCAGCCGGCCGGAGCACAAGGCCAGGGUGGCCUUCCAGCCCUACUACGUGGGCAGCCACGGCCAGCUGGACUCCCAGAAGUCCCAAGUGAUGCAUCUGCAGGGCGGCUCAGCCUACUACCUGGAGCUGCUGCAGAUGGAGUACCGUGGCCAUGCGCACAUCGACCUGGGCCUGUUCCAGGAGCAGAGCCCCUUCACCCGGGAGCAGACCCUCGACGCCCUCAACGAGGUGCAGCACAUCAUGGCCGACUACCAGGCGUCUGACGAGGAGCAGGUGCUGACUUUCGACUCGUGGAGUCCCGCCGCCGCCGUCAGAGAGGUGCAGCGGCUGAGCGUCAGCUGCCUGGGCGCCCUCUGUGGAAGCGCCUCCUUCAGCCUCAGCUAUGGAGACGCCACAACCGGGGACUUCGGACCUCUGGGCUAUGAGGUCUUUGGCCUGGACGCCAACAUCUCUGUGGCAGAAAUCACUAAAGGGCGAAGCAGCAUGGAGACAUUUACCCUGCUGUGGGGGGGGGUUCCCACAAAGCCCAUAGCCUUCAACGCCACUGAAUCUGAGUACGGAGGUGUCUGUGUCCCAGGUCUGUCGGUGGACAUCGGGGAGGAGGACCUGCAGUUCGCUCUGGAGGGCAUCGCCGGCAUGGGCCAGCUCAAGGUGUGCUCCGGGGACUGCAGCUUCAGCUGGUCGGAGGAGCUGACUCCAGUCGUGACUGGAAUCAGCCCGUCUCAAGGUUCACACGGCCUCGGGACGCUUCUGACCAUCACUGGAACCGGCUUCAGGAACGAAAACGCUACGAUCUUGGUGGGAAAUGCCAGUUGUCGGGUUGAACAGGUCACAGCCGGCUCUCAGGUGUGCAGACUGGGCCCCUCCAGCGCCGGCUCCUUCCCGGUCUGGGUCAGCUUCCCCUCUGUGGGCGCCGCCCGGCACGCCGGCGGACUCCCGCUCCUCUUCACCUACCAGCUGGGCGUGUCCUCCGUCUCCCCGCCGUCCGGCAGUCUGGCAGGCGGCACCCUGCUGACGCUGAGGGGCUUCAGCUUCGGGCCGGACGCCACCGUGACCGUCGGCGGCGCCGAGUGCGCACUGGUCCAGUCGGCCGACUCUGAGCUGAAGUGCAGGACGCCAGCGGGGCCGGCGGGGGCCCAGCCGGUGGUGGUGAGGCUGGGGAACUGGAGCCAGACGGCCAGCAGCAGCUUCACCUACGACGGCGCCCUCACACCAAAGAUCUCCAGCCUGAGCCCUCAGAGCACCACAGUGAUCGGACGACGGGUCCUCAGCAUCCAGGGCUCAGAGCUGGGAGGGCAGGACAAUGGCAGCAUGGUGCUGGUGGGGGGGCGGGAGUGCCCCCCCCUAAUGUGGACCAACACCUCCAUCAGCUGCCUGCUGCCUGUGCUGCAGCCCGGCCUGCACAGGGUGGAGGUCCAGGUGGGAGCCAGAGGCUUCCCCCAGCUGAGCUGUGACGUGGUGGCUGCCUCUGAGGAGGAGCUGCUGUGCGUCGUCCCUCAUGGACCGGGGUUUGCAUGGAGUCCGGCCUCCCUCACAGUCUUCGUAGGCGACACGGUGGUGUGGCGAUGGGAGGCUCCGGCCUUUCAGCCAGUCGGGUACCGCGUCUUUAGCGUUUCCAGCCCGAGCGGCUCCACUUAUGAAGGCGGACCGAUCAACAGCGGAGAAGACAAGACGGCCAAAGGGUCCUUCAGCUACCGCUUCACUGUGCCGGGGGCGUACUACUACAGCAGCGGGCCCGUGGACGCCGCUGGCGUCCGGCGGCUGCAGGGCGUGGUCAAAGUCAGGGGCCGAGAGGACAAAACCAGCCCAGUGACCGUCAGGGUGGGCGGCGUGAAGGCCAGGCAUGCGCCGGCAGGCUCUCGCCGGGUCUCCAGAGAGGCCCCCCAGUGUGAGGCGUCCCCUCAGUGCCAGCAGAGCAACAGCUCAGAGGGGCUCAGCUUCAGCGCCUCCAGCUGCUCCACCCCCACCGUCACCUCCAUCUCCCCCAACCAGGGCUCCUACCACCAGGUCAUCACCAUCCAGGGCCGCGGCUUCAGCCCCACCGCGUGCGCCAAUGAGGUGACCAUCGGGGGGGCGUCCUGCCGGGUUCUCAGCAGCUCCGAGUCGGACAUCAGCUGCCAGCUGCCCGCCGACUCCGGCCUCCCGGUGGGCGCCGCCCUCCCCGUGGCGGUCAGCGUCCGCGGCCUGGGCGGCGCCCUGGUUGCCGUGGCGUCCGAGCCCCUGCGCCGCUUCGCCCUGCUGCCGGUGGUGGACUCGGUGGCGCCCGCCGUGGGCAGCCCCACCGGCGGCGCCCGGCUGCUGCUGCGGGGGUCCGGGUUCUCGGAGGAGGGGGCGGUAACGGCGGCCGGCGAGCCGUGCGGCGUGCUGCGGCUCAACUACACGCACGUGGAGUGCGCCGCCGCGCCGUCCCGGCCGAACGCCGCCGGCGCCGUGCUCUUCCGGGCCGGGCGCCUCCAGAGCUCCUGCUCUGCCAACUGCUCCUUCCUGUACUCGCCGGACGCCACUCCCUUGGUCAGCGGCGUUUCCCCGGACAACGUGGACGGCCCGACCGUGGUGACCAUCUCGGGCGCCGGAUUCGGCGCCGCCGAGGGGGGCGUGGCCGUGUUUGCGGGCGCCGCCCAGCUGGAGGUGGCGUCCGUAACCGACGGCAACAUCACGGCCAGAGUGGGCGCCCUGCCCGCCGGCGCCCACCCGCUCGCCGUGCUGGUGAGGAGCAGGGGCCUGGCGGCGGGGGGCGCCACCCUGACCAGCCGGGCCCGGGCCGCCCUGAGCCCCCCCGCCGGCAGCCUGGCGGGGGGCACGCCGCUGGUCGUCAGGGGCAACGGCUUUGCUCCUGGGAACACCAGCGUGGCGCUGGGGGGGGCGGCAUGCCGCCUGCAGGAGGUGACCCCCGGCCUGCUGCGCUGCCUCAGCCCCCCCCACGCCGAGGGCCAGGUGGACCUGACCAUCCGGGUCCUGGACGUGGAGUUUCCCCCUCUGAGCUUCAACUACUCUGCAGCCCUGACGCCCAACGUCAGCUCCAUCAGCCCCCCCAGCGGCAGUGACAGGUCUCCUCCAUCAGGGCCCAGCGGGUCCAUCAUCACGCUGACCGGCUCGGGCUUCGGCGCCGACCCCCAGCUCCUCUCCGUCACCAUUAACCACGUCCCCUGCAACCUGACGGCCGUCUCCGACUCGCAGCUCCAGUGCACCGCCGGCAGCAACCCGGGGGGCACCUACCCGGUGGUCCUGCACCACGGGGUCAAAGGUCACGCCCUGUCAGAGGUCUCGUUCACAUACGAGCUGACGCUGAGCGGCGUGCAGCCCACCGAGGGCAGCUUUGGCGGCGGCGCUCUGCUGACCCUUCAGGGCUCCGGGUUCGACCCCCACAGCUCCCGGGUGCUGAUCUGCGGGGAGGAGUGUGACGUCCUGAGGGAAAAGUCUACAUCCACCCGUCUGUACUGCCAGAGUCCAGCCAACAACGGCUCCCAGUCGGAGGUCAGCUGCCCCGUUUCUGUGGUCAACCCGCUGGAUGCUGCCAACAUGUCGGGUGGCUUCACCUACAAGUCUGAGCUGACCCCGGUGAUCCGGGAGGUGUCUCCUCGCCGGGGGGGAACGGCCGGCGGCACCCGGCUCACCAUCGCCGGCUCCGGGUUCAGCUCCGACCUGAGUGAGGUCAGCGUGUCCAUCGCCGGUUCGGUGUGUGACGUCCAGUCCUCCAACCUCACGCACAUCGUCUGCCUGACCGGCGCCCAGAACCGCUCGCAGGAAGCCACAGUCCGAGUCGCCAUCGGCAACCGCGGCGUGGCCCAGCAGGGUGGCGCAGACUUCUUCUACAUCGACGUGUGGUCAUCCAGGUUCACCUGGGGGGGUCUGUCCCCCCCCGAGAGGGGCUCGUUUGUGGUCAUCACCAAAGGUCAGACCAUCCUGCUGGACGCCAGCACCCCUGUGCUCAAGAUGCUCCUGAUCCAAGGGGGGACGCUGGUGUUCGACGAGGCCGACCUGGAGCUGCAGGCGGAAAACAUCCUGAUCACAGACGGCGGGCGGCUGCAGGUGGGCCAGGAGGGGGCGCCCUUCCAGCACAAAGCCGUCAUCACGCUGCACGGAAACCUGCGCUCACCUGAACUCCCCGUUUAUGGAACCAAGACGCUGGCGGUCAGAGAGGGACAGCUGGACCUGCAUGGGCUCCCCGUCCCGGUGACCUGGACCCAUUUGGCCCAGACGGCGCCGGCCGGCUCCGACAGGCUGACCCUGAUGAUGGAGGUCACCUGGAAACCUGGAGACCAGAUCGUGAUCGCUUCCACCGGCCAUCGGCACAGUCAGAGAGAGAACGAGGUGCGGAGCAUCAGCUCGGUGUCGGCCGAUGGGAGGACCCUCACCCUGACCGAGCCGCUCAGCCAUGCCCACCUGGGGGUGGCCGUCACACUGCCUGACGGCACCGUCUUCCAGGCCCGGGCCGAGGUGGGCCUGCUCACCAGGAACAUCGUGGUCCGGGGCUCCCAGCAGCAGGACUGGAACGAGCAGAUCCAGGCCUGCCCAGACGGCUUUGACACAGGGGAGUUUGCCACCCAGACCUGCUUCCAGGGCCGCUUCGGGGAGGAAGCGGGCAGCGACCAGUUUGGGGGCUGCAUCAUGUUCCACGCCCCCCGGCCGGGUCAGAACCUGGCAGUGGGCCGGCUGGAGUACGUGGAGGUGUCCCACGCGGGCCAGGCCUUCCGGCUGGGCCGGUACCCCAUCCACUGGCACCUGAUGGGCGACAUCGGCUUCCAGUCGUACGUGCGCGGCUGCUCCAUCCACCGGACCUUCAACCGGGCCGUGACCAUCCACAACACGCACCGGCUGCUGGUGGAGCACAACGUGGUCUACGACGUCAUGGGCGGCGCCUUCUUCAUCGAGGACGGCGUGGAGACCCAGAACGUCCUGCAGUACAACCUGGCCGUGCUGGUCAAGCAGAGCACCAGCCUGCUGAACGACGACGUCACGCCGGCCGCCUUCUGGGUCACCAACCCCGACAACGUGCUGCGGCACAACGCCGCCGCCGGCGGCUCGCACUUCGGCUUCUGGUACCGCAUGCACGAGCACCCCGACGGCCCGUCCUACGACCCCAACGUCUGCCAGAAGCGGGUGCCGCUGGGCGAGUUCUCCAACAACACCGUGCACUCGCAGGGCUGGUUUGGCCUCUGGAUCUUCCAGGACUUUUUCCCCAUGCGUGGCGGCGGCUGCCGGUCGAGGACGCCGGCGCCCGCCGUCUUCCGCUCGCUCACCGCCUGGAACUGCGAGAAGGGCGCCGAAUGGGUCAACGUGGGCGCCGUGCAGUUCAGCGGCUUCCUCAUGGUCAACAACGAGAAAGCCGGCGUGGAGGCCAAGCGCAUCUUCCAAUGGGCCGUGAGCGGCUUCGGCGAGGACGGCGGCGCCACCGUGACCAACAGCACAAUGGUGGGCCACCUGGACGAGCUGGGCCUGGGCGCCCAGCAGUGCACGCAUCGCGGCGUUAUCGCGCCGCUCGAUGACGGCAUGAGCGUCCUGGACACCAAGUUCAUCAACUUCAACCGCAACAGCUGCGCCGCCGUGGGCGUGGCCAAGAUCGACGGCACCUGCGUGGACCGCUGCGGCGGCUGGGCGGUCCGGUUCUCCGGGGUCCAGUUCCUGAACGCCCCCAACAAGGCCGGCUUCAGGUGGGAGCACGAGGUCCAGCUGGUGGACACGGACGGCUCCCUCACUGGCAAUGCUAACCACAAAGUGGUGCCCAUGAGCAGCCUGCUGGACCCUGCUCGCUGUUCCCAGGAGGCCCAGUGGAGCGUGGGCUUCCCCGGCGCUGUGUGCGACCACACCGUCGAGUUCCACCGACUGGCCUUCAACAACCCCACGCCGACCUCUCUGAAAGCCAAAGACGCCAUCUUUACCAACUCACAUGGAACCAGCGUGGUCCCGUUCCUGAAGAAGAGGAUGACUCAUAAGUAUGGCUGGAUGGCGCUGCUGCCCUCGGGGCAGACAUACAACUGGUACUUUGACAAUGUGGACCAAAUCACCAACAUUACCUACAACGCCAGGUUCUAUGGUUUCAAGAGAGAUGUCUUGUGUCCAAACGCAGGGCGCUGGGUGGUGCUGGACGCCGACACGCCUCCCCUCAACAAGCUGACCAUCGUUGGAGUCCUGGAGAUCCCCGACACCAUGAACCAGUCCAGCAGGACGGCCCGGUCCACUCCCCAGUACAGAACCACGGUGGUGGAUGCCGUCUACAUCUCCAUCCAGGACGAGCCCUUCAGAGGUCAGCUGCUCAUCAAACUGAGGGGAAACCACAACACUCCUGACUGGCCGCUGCCAAAUGGACCCAACCAGGGCUCCAAGGUCCUGGGGGUGUUCGGCUCGCUGGAGCUGUUCGGCCUGCCCCGUGACGUUUACCACACAAAGCUGGCCGCCACCGCCGCCGCCGGCUCCACCAGGCUGACGCUGGCAAAGCCCGUCGACUGGCAGGCUGGGGACGAGAUCGCCGUGUCCACCAGCAGCUACGACGCCGGCGAGACGGAGAAGCAUCAAAUCAGCGCCGUGUCGGCAGACGGCCGCGUCCUGACCCUGAGCCGGCCUUUGAGCCACACCCACAUCGGUGACACCCACUCGGUGGCGGGCACCUCCUUCUCCUACACGCUGGCGGCCGACGUCGGGCUCCUGACCAGGAACAUCAAAGUGGAGGGGGCUGAGUACCCCGACAUGCUGGCCGAGUCGUUCGGGGCCCGGCUGCUGGUGGGGGCUUUCUCCAGCUCUGGGAUAGACUUCAGAGGCAAAGCUCAGAUCAGGAACGUGGAGUUCUUCCACUCUGGUCAGGAGGGCUGGACCGACUCCUUCGACCCGCGCUACUCUGUGGCCUUCCUGGACCUGGGACAGGUGCCUGCAGGCGAGUCUGACAUCCAGGGCUGCGCUUUCCACGACGGCUUCUCUCCAGCCAUCGGCGUCUUCGGGACGGAGGGGCUGCACAUCUCUGACAACGUGGUCCACCACACUGUGGGGGAAGGCAUCAGGAUCCGGGGCAGCAGGACAACGCUAACCAGGAACCUGGUGAUGAUGAGCCUGUGGCCGGGAUCCUACCAGGACAGAGAGGAGCCCUUUAACUUCGACUGGAACGCCGCCAUCGAGGUGAUCGAGGCCACCGGCGUGGUGCUGCAGCACAACAUCGUGGCUGGCUUCCAGCGGGUGGCCUAUCGCGUGGACGGGGAGCCCUGUCCUGGGUCUUCUGGCGCCAGUGAUGGCGGCGAGGCCUGGGUCCACAACGAGGCGCAUGGCGGCCUGUACGGCGUCUACCUCAACGGGGACGGCUUGCCCGGAUGCAGCCUCAUCCAGGGCUUCUUCGUCUGGAGGAGCUUCGACUACGGCAUCUACUUCCAGGUCUCCAUGAGCGUGGUCAUCUCCAACGUCACCCUGGUGGAGAACGGGAUGGGCGUCAUGCCCCUGGUCUACGGCCCCCCCUCGCUGUCCCACGCCCUGGCUGAUAAGACGGUCCUGGUCCAGGACUCCUGGAUCGUGGGCAGCAGCCCCAGCUUUAACUGCUCGGACACUUUGAGCUCUGACGACUUCAACGUGGAGACCACCUCCUCCCACCGAGCCCCCAGGCCCCCAUCAGGAGGCAGAUCAGGAAUCUGCUGGCCCACCUUUCAGUCGGCACACAACACGGCUCCAGCCAAGCCGCAUCACCUGAACAUGAACUAUAACGCCAUCAAAGGCCUAAUGAGGGUCACAGACACCACAUUUGUCCAUUUUGGCGACGUCUGCUCUGGUGAAACCGACUUCAUGUUCAUGACCAACCCGCUGAACGAGGACCUGCAGCACCCGGUUGAGGUGUCGGCCAUAAGGACGCUGCACAGCAGCGAGCAGGCCAAAUGCGACGCCAAGAAGAAGACGAUGCUGAAGGACCUGGACGGCUCGUUCCUGGGGGCCCAGGGUGCCGUGGUGCCCCAGUCGGAGUUUGAAUGGGGGGGAGACCCUCGAAGGGGGCUGGGCGACUAUCGCAUCCCCAAAGUGAUGCUGACCGCCCUGAACGGCAGCAGGAUCCCCGUGGAGCACAUCGCCCCCCACAAAGGCGUGAUCAGGAAAAACUGCACUUACGUGGACUCCUGGCAGAGCUACCGGUGCUUCGGGCUGGACUACAGGAUGGUGGUGGUGGAGAGUCUGGACUCGGACACGGAGACCCGACGCCUGUCGCCGGUCGCCGUGCUGGGCGGCGGCUUUGUGGACCUGAUCAACGGACCUCAGGACCAUGGCUGGUGUGCCGGCUACACCUGCCAGAAGCGGGUGUCUCUGUUCCACGCCAUCAUGGCCGCCGGCCACGCCUUCGACGUUUAUUUCACCAGCGUCAGCCCGCAGAAGCUCCGCCUCCUGAUGCUGAACUCUGACCCCUCUGAGAGCGUCCUGGUGUCGGUCUUCUACUCGAACCCCCAGCGGCUGGAUGUGUACGUCAACAACAAGCUAGUGGCUCCAACCAACGCCAACUGGAACGCCGACAGGACAGACUACACCCUGAUGGAGCCGACGUCCGCUGACGAAUUCGUUCCUAAGAUGAACGCAACUUUGGGCGCCAACUACUUUGACCGAGACUACAAGAUGCAGAGGGUCCUGCUGAGGGGCUCCACGCCGGUGGAGAUCCGGACCUCCCCGGUUCUGGUGCUGGCCUUCGACAUGCCCGCCAUGACCGAGGAGGAGUUCUUUGGGGAGAACCUGGUCCAGAACCUAGCCCUGUUCCUCAAGGUUCCCCCCAGCAUGAUCCGCAUCAGCAAGGUGGUGCGUGAGGACGGCGGGCGGCGCCGCAGGAGGAGGUCCACGGGCCUGACGGUGCAGGUGGAGAUCCAGAAGCCCCCCGAGCAGGAGAGCACCAACAGCACCAACGACGGGGACUUUGAGCUGCUGCAGAGGCUGGCUGAUGACCUGGGUCAGGCUGCCGUCUCUGGCAACCUGAGCCAGUCCAUCGGCUUCAACGUGUCCUCGCUGGGCGUGAUUACGCCGCCCCCCCCGUCCUCUGACCCCAGCUGGAAGGAGGUGGCGUCGGGUGAGGCCAGUAGGGAGGAUCCCAGCAGCAGCCGGCUGUCCAGUGUGGCCGCGCUGCUGCUGGUGGUGGAGCCGCUGGCCGGCCAGACGGUGGGGCCUCUGCUGCAGCAGCCCAGCCUGAUGGCUGUGGACCAGCAGGGCAACUGCGUCUCCGUGGGCGUGACCACCCUCACCGCCACGGCGACCCUGGAGGACGCCAGCGGGGACCCGGCCGGCGGCCUGGGGGGCAACGCCACCAUCCGCCUGGAGAGUUGGGCCGCCCGCUCCGCCCCCUUCUCAGUUAGCCCCGCCCCCACCACGCUGGCCCCGCCCCCCAGCACCACCGAGGACGGCAGCAUCUUCAGCUCCAGCCCCGCGCUGGCGGCCGGAGGCCUGUGCCUGCUCAGCGUCAUCUACGAGCCGCUGUGGACGCCUGCAUCUGAACCCGGGUGCGAGCGUUCCCGGCUCCUGGACGGCGUCCUGGACGGCGUCCUGGACGGCGUCCUGGUGGGUUUUCAGUCGGGGCUCACGGGGGAGUAG